AUGGCUGCUGCUUCUCUUACUUCGAUCAGCCUACACUCAUCUGCAUCUUCAGCAUUGGGGUUGGCUUCAAAGCAGUGCCAACAUAAUAAUCACACUUGCUGCUGGCUUACGGAGAGAUCAGUAAGAUCCUCCUCCACAAGGCAACGGUUGUCAUCACGGGGCCUCAAAAUCCGCAGUGCAGCAACAAAACAAGUCAAAUCGCCAGCUGAAGAGGAUUGGAAGACUAAGAGGGAAGUUCUGCUGCAGAACAAGGUAAGGAGUGUGGAUGUAAAAGAAGCUCUGCGACUUCAAAAAGAAAACAAAUUCGUGAUUCUCGAUGUCCGGCCUGAAGCAGAAUUUAAAGAGGCUCAUCCCCCGGGUGCUAUUAACGUGCAAAUAUACAGGCUUAUAAAGGAAUGGACAGCUUGGGACAUUGCCAGGCGUGCUGCAUUUGCAUUCUUUGGCAUCUUUGCUGGCACAGAAGAGAACCCUGAGUUCAUACAAAGUGUGGAAUCACAACUUGAUAAGAAGGCAAAGAUCAUAGUGGCUUGCGCCGCCGGGGGCACGAUGAGACCAACCCAAAAUCUCCCAGAAGGUCAACAGUCAAGAUCACUGAUAGCAGCCUACUUGCUUGUCCUCAACGGUUAUACCAAUGUGUUCCACUUAGAAGGAGGGCUUUACGCCUGGUUCAAAGAGGGCCUGCCAGCAGUUGAAGAAGAAGAAGAAGAAGAGUGA